GUGACGCCGCGCUCCCUCGCCACGUAAUUACAGGUGACGAUGAUGUACUUCUGCUGGAUGCCUGAGGACACAGACGUCAUCGUUUGAGCAACUUUAAAUUCUAAGAGGUUUUCGCCCAUGUUCCCGUCGUCCGGACUCUUCGCUGGGAUCACGUGUCCCGUCGCGCGGCGUGGACGCUGUCAGCGGCCGCACUGUUUCUACGGGCACGCGGCGGCGGACGCGUCCGGCCUUCACGACUCCUCCAUCGUGGAUUUAACAGGAGAAGAUUCCGACGGUCCUCAUGCAGCCCGUGGCGCUCCUGUGAACAGAGAGCUCUCAGACCACUGCUUCCAUGAGCUGGAGAGGCUCAACAAGGAGAUCGAGAGCGUGAGGCACGAGGUGGAGCGGGAGCAACGGCGCCUGUCCAGCUACACCUCGAAAAGUGCCGACAGGAGCAGCACGCCAACGUACGAGAGCCGGGGCUUUCAUGGACCGCCGUCGUCUGCAGAGCAGAAGAACCCCGUCCCAACAAGGAAGUACCUGGUGGACAACUCCAGACCAAGAACCGAUUUAGAAUAUGACCCUUUGUCCAACUUCUCUGCUGCCUUACGCUCGUACAGCUCUUCAGGAAAGAAAAGUAAAAUCCAGCAAGAGUGGAGAAGAUCCACGCCUGAAGCAAAAGAACUUGCUGCUCCAGCUUCUGGGUUUUCAUCUCUGGAGCUCCUGGAGGACGCCACGGAAGACAGUGUUCUGGUUAUCGACGAGGUUUCUGUGCCUGAAGACUCGAAUGGCCGGGUUUCUGCUGGAAGUAAACCUCCGCCGUGUGCGGAGGAAACUGUGAAGGAGCUCCAGAUGAUGACCGCCACGAUCGACUCUUCUCACACGAGCCUCAAAAACCUGGAGGAGACCCAUCGGCGUCUCGUUUGUGGUACUGCAGCCGCCAAACAAACCUGCUCAGCUGAUGGAACCGCAGGUUCCCCGGACCCGGAUGUUCCGAGCGGGAGCCGUCCAGCGCCUGAGCCGCCUGGCAGUGCCGAGAAAACGCAGAUCCAGCAGCCUCCGACUCCAGCUGGUCGCUCGGCUCGUGCUUCAGGUCACGGCGGCACACCUGGACGAAGCUCGGCGCCUUCGCCACGACCCAAAACGCCGCCUGUUGGAUCCCGGCAGCCCGCAGAAGCUGCUCCACCCGCGGGACGACCUCCCACUUCCACCGUUUCAAUGUCUGAAGAUUUGAGAACAGAGUCAUCUGGACCUGCUGCCAAAACUAUCAUCGAGAUCAACUCCAGCCCUGAAGAUGAUGAUGAUGAUGAUGAUGGAGAGGAAGAUGACGACCACAGGUAUUCGGAUGUGGAGCUGUCGGACAGUGACCCGAUGGAGGAGUGCUACAGGAUCUUCAUGGAGGCAAACAACCAGGACUAUCCUGACGCGUCUUUGGAAGAUGAUGCGGAGAAGCUGCAGAUAAAUGUGGGACUUCAGGCGUCUGCAGGGAAGAAGAGGGUCGCCCACGACGACAGAAACCCAGAGCAACCGCAGGCGAAGAGCAGGCCGCAGCCGCAGGUUCUGGUUCCCCUCCGGGAGCCACCGGCGCCGACGUACGGCGCACGGGCCUCCGUCUCGAGGAUCCAGCAGGUGCAGCAGAGGGCCUCCAUGCUGACGGCGUCGGUGAAGGCCGGCCAAGCUUUUGUUUCUGCCAUGACCCAGAGGAGCCAGGAAGAGAUCAGGGCGGCACACGCGUUGGCUCCGCCUCCGGCACACCUGCAGUCUGCUGCUCUGCAGCACGCUUAUGUGAACUACAUACCAGUCGGGACGGCAGUCAUCGAAGUGGGCAACAACCUGCACCUGAUCCUCCCUCAGGGGGCUUUUCCUCUUCCUGUUGCCUCCACCUCCACCCCUUCUGUUCUCACUCCGGUCUGUCAGGUGCAUCCAAACGCCGUCGGGCAGGCGUGCCAUCCCGCCGCUGUGAUGCCAAGGAGCCGUUCGGCAGCGCCCCCCGUGGUCGUGGCUGCUCCUCUGCGCCGGCCUGCGCUCACCGCCGCUUCUUCAUCGGCGUGUUUGCCCUCAGCCGCCCCUCAGCCGGCGGCAAAGACGGCCCAGAAGCCCAACAAGCGUAAACUGAAGCAGCAAAGCGAAGCGUCCAAAGAGAAAGUCCCGCACAACGUUCGCCAGCGCUACGUCAACAUGUUCACCGAGGAGUUCCUCAAGUCCACGAAGGACGUUAACGAAGCCUUUCAGAAGGCCCUGAGCGAAGAAAAGAGCGUCUUCAACCGCAGCGCAAACAAACUCAAGUACCUGAGUGUCGCUGUGAACGCCCUGAAGAGGCUGAAGAACCAAAGCGCCGCUGCUCCCAAGAACGAGACAGAAGUCAUCACCCAGAGAUCUAAAGGAAACAUCCCACUGAGCCCCAAGAAGUUCAGAGGAAAAGCAGAUGACACGGCUUUCUAUGAAAGUCUGAAGGAUUAUAUUCUGAGUGAUGACAGAAUGAUAGAGAAUAAUUAUCCCGUCCAGCACCCGGAGAAGCGGGGAUGUGCGGCCCUUUUUAACGAAAAGAAGCCAAACCCAGACCCCCUGAAACGGAUCUGCUGUCGAUGUGGAUCCACGUACUCCGUGAGCCAAUCGGGCAAACACGUCCGCAAGGAGGAGUGCAACUACCACUACGGCAAAGGGGUCAAAAACAAAGUGCCGGGUGGAGUGGAGACCCGCUACAGCUGCUGUCAGGGCGUCAUGGGAGCUCCGGCGUGUCAGCUGUUCAAGCUGCACGUCCACGAUUCCCUGAGCCUGGAAGGGUUUGUGUCCACGGCAGCCAGGAGCCCGUCGGAUGCGGCGUGUCCUGGGGUUUAUGCUCUGGAUUGUGAAAUGUGUUACACCGUCCGCGGCCUGGAGCUGUCCAGAGUCACCGUGAUCAACUCGGACCUCCAAGUGGUCUACGACGCCUUCGUCAAACCCGACAGCGAGGUCAUCGACUAUAACACCAGGUUUUCGGGUAUCUGUGAGAAGGACGUGGCGGGGAGCAGCGCCUCACUGGAGGAAGUUCAGCAAACUCUGUUGAGCUUCAUCAACGCAGACACCAUUCUCAUUGGACACGGCCUGGAAACAGACCUCUGUUUGCUGAAGCUGCUUCACGGGAAGGUCGUGGACACGUCGGUGGUCUUCCCCCACCGCCUGGGCCCCCCCCACAGGCUCAGCCUCAAACACCUGACGGCCGAACACCUCCGGAGGAUCAUCCAGGAAAGCGUUUGUGGCCACGACACUGCAGAGGAUGCAGCUGCCUGCAUGGAGCUGAUGCUGUGGAGGGUCAAGGAAGACGGAAAAAUGAAAAGAUGAAGCUCUCACUGCCAGAUUCAGAUUUAAAUAUGGAGUUUUGUUUUAAGUUCUGUCACUUAUUUAGUUAAAUGUGUCUUUUUUUGUAUGCAGAGGGAUUUGAGGCUUAUCUUUCUUUUUCAAAUAUGAGCUUGUAAAGUGGUGGGUUGACAAUUAUUUUUCAACUAAAAGCAAAAAAAAUC